AUGGGGGCCGCUUCGGGCGCCGCUUCGAGCGCCGGCGCAUGGCUGGCGGCUUGCCUGGCGAUCUGGGUGGCAUGUGUCCAGGCGAAGGAGCUCACGAAAGCCAACUGGGAGGAGGAGACGGCCGGCAAGACGUUGUUCCUCAGGUUUGGGACCCCAUGGUGUGGCCACUGCAAAGACAUGAAGCCGGCCUGGGACAAGCUCACAGAGGAGUUCGCGGACCACGACUUUGUGCUGGUGGCGGAGGUGGAUUGCGACGGCAGUGGCAAGACCAAGUGCAAGGAGCUGGGUGUCAAGGGCUACCCAGAGGUCAGGCAUGGGAACCCCGACCACCUGGAGGACUAUGCUGGUAGUCGGGACCUGCCCACCCUCCAGAAGUUCGCGCAGGACUUGCGCCCCACCUGCGGGCCCCAGCGCUUGGAGGCCUGCGACGCCUUCACCCAGCGCCAGAUCCAGGACUACAUGGAGAUGCGGCCAGAGGACCUCGAUGCCAAAGUCAAAGGGCAGGAGGAGUUGACCGCCACGGCAGACCGGGAGGUAAACGAGUUGCUGCACAGCAUGCAGCAGGAGUACCAGGAGGCCAAGCGACGGAAGGAGCAAAAGGUGCAGGACAUCCGAGCGGCGGGCUUGACCCUCAUGCGGAGCGUCAAGGAAUACCGGCUCCGGCAGAAGGACGAGCUGUAA